CUCGGGUGAUUAAUUUAUUUGUUGUGAAAAUAUUAUUAUGUGAUUUAAAAAACAUAGCUACGUGAAAACUAAACAAAUUUUGUGUUUUGGUGUCCAGUUACAUCCUUUUUUGCACUUCUACUUUGUCUAAUAUGUACUCAAAAUGAACUGGUUCGAUACAUCGGGGCUAACAAGUCUAGCUAAAACUGCGCUAAAAGAAGCCCAGAAAACUAUCGACAAAGCCCUAGAUAUUCAAGAUGAUAGCGGAGAUGAGCAGGAAGGUGCGGCCGACGGUCACAAGGCCCAGGCAUCCACAGAAGGCGACGGUACGCCUCAAAAGGAUAAUUCAGAUUUCUUCUCUUCCUGGGGCCUAACAGUGAGUGCGGAGAGCGCCAAGCCUGAACUGAUACAAGAGCAGCCCGUUGUCACCGAGAGUCCCUCUAAGACUAACGCGCAAAGCAUGUGGGGCUCCUUUGCUGGCUCGUUUUUUGAGCAGCCGAAACCCGAAAGUAGCAUCGUUCGCCCUCCGAAAGCUAAGUCUAUGAAUCUAAUUACAGACAAGUAUGAUAGCCAGGAUGACUUAUUCUCUAAGAGUCAGCUCGUUAUGUCCGACGGGAGCGAGUGUGGCUCCAAAUUCCAAGAUCCUAGCAAAGAUGAGAGGAGACGAAAUUCGUCUAUAUCUAACAUGCUAUCUCUAGUGUCCAGCAGAAACAGUUCAGACUCAGUGGAGGUGUUGUCCCAGAGCCUCAAAUCGUCCCCAGACUCUGAGCCUCUGUCUUGCCCCUCAGUGUCACACAGUAGCAGUGCAGGACCAAAGUUAAACUCAGAGUCAGUGGAGAUACUACCGGACAGUUUAGUCAGUCCUAGCUCAAUAGAAUGCCUGGGCUUUGAUAGCUACAUCAGUGAAAAGAACAGCCCCCUGAGUACCUCAUCUAAUAUGUCCCCAUGUGAUUCAUCAGAUAAAAAGUUAACCCCCGUAGGGGAUAGAACAGAGAGACCUGAAACUGCAGACAGUGUUAGCUUGGUGGCUGAUGAUGAUGAGGAUACUAUGUCCUACAAUUCCAUAUCUGAAUGUACAGCACCCACUGUACUCGACACAGAUGAUAAGCCAGUUAGCCCCUUCCCUAAAAUAGCAAGAAUCGAGAGAAGUAUUAGUAGAAAGGAGCCAGAGUUGCAGCAGUCCAUAUCAAGCCAAAGAAUGCAGAUUAGUGAGAAUUCAUCAAAUGAUGGUUCCUGGUCAGACAGGACAUUGAAUGCUGAUAAUGACAGUAUAAACAUGGAAAAUUCCUUGGAGGAGAUCAGAAAAGAGGCCGAGCAAGAGGACACACUGAUGGACAAGCUGAGUGACUCCUCCUCCUUCUAUAAUGUUAAGGUCACAAAGGACAUGAUGAAGUCGGAAAGCUCAGCAUUUGUCAAUGUAGAAAAGCAGCAGUGCAGUGCUACAGAUAGCUCAGAAUCAUCACAGAGAGAUGCCAGCUUGAAGGAGAGGACAUCACCUAUCAGUUCUGACAGCAAGAGUGACAUGGUGAAGAUCGGUUCUGACCGAACAUCAGGUCACACAUCUGGAGAUGAGUUAGAGACUGCCACAUCGUCGGACAUCGAAAUAAUCCCGAGCCCAAAUGGCAACAGCAGUAAUGGGUGUAGGAGAAGCCCGGGAAAAUAUGAUUUCAAACAGAAGACCGACGGUUCCACAUCACCAAAUCUGGUAGACUUAGUUUUAGGUAAAAGUUUGGCGUCCAAAAUAAGAGGGCACAAUCGGGAGUUGUCUGAAGCAUCAAUUCAAAGCAACACAAGCGACGAGAGCCAGUGCUCCGAAAAUGAUAGACUGAUGAGGAGGCUCUGUGAGAUGGCGGAGAUUCUGGAUGCGAGAGAGAACAGGCUGAUAGAAGUAAGUAGAAGUAAUGCAGAGCUGGUGGAGAGUAAUGCGAGUCUGAAGACACAGGUGGAGUCGCUCAUUGCCAAACAUGAGGGAGGCGACAUAAGCACUAUUACUGAAGACUACACACAGAGAAUGUCCGCUCUGGAAAAGAAGUUCCAACAGGCUAUAAGAGAAAAGGACCACCUUCGAAAGCAGGUGGACAGUCUGAAGGCGGAUGUAUCACGGAAGCAGCGGUCGGAGCUGGAGGCGACCCUAAGAGAGAAGGAGGAGAUGAUCAACCAGCUGACUGAGGAAGGGGAGAAGCUGGCGCGCCAGCAGCUCCAGCAUUCCAAUAUCAUCAAGAAGUUGAGAGCUAAGGAGAAGGAGAAUGAGCAAGUUAUUAAGGGGUUGAGGGACAAGAUAUCGGAGCAGACGGCGGAGAUCGAGCGCAUGAAGCGGUCGCUGGCGGCCAAGGAGGAGGUGGAGGUGUCGCAGAUUGAGGCCGUGUACCGCCUCACCACCGCCAACAACAAGCUGGAGGCCGAGGUCGAGGAGCUCCGAAGCCAGCUGGACGACACGCAAGCUAAGCUAGAAGUGUGUCGGACGAGCGCUGAAGCGGCGAAACGCGCGGCGGGCGAGCUGCGGCGCGACGCGGACGAGGCGGCGCGACUGCGGGCCAGCACCGAGCCGCUGAAGGCCAGCGCCGAGCGAGCAGCACGUGACGUUGAACGCCUGCGACACGAGAUGGCGCAGCUGCGGGCGGAGCGAGCCAAGGAGCAGCAGCGCUGGGCCGCGCGCGAGGACGCACUGCGACGUGAGGUGAACGAGGCCCGCGAGGCGGGGGCAGGCGCGGGGGGUGGGGAGGAGGCGCCGGGCGCGCUGCUGCACCAGCUGGCGGCCCUGCAGCGCGCCGCGCUCGACCGCGACCGCGCGCACGUCGCCGCGCACGCCGCGCUCAACAUGCGACUAGCGGAAGCGGAAGCGGCUGUAUCAGCAGCUGCUGCACGCGAGCGGGCGGCGCGGGCGGAGGCGGCAGCGGGCGCGGAGGCGGCGGCGGCGGCGGAAAAGCGGGCGCGGGCGGACGCGGCGCGCGCGCGGGAUAUGGCCGAGCGGGCUGCUGACGCCGAAAUGCGGUUGCAGGUGGCGCUAGAUAGCAAAAAUAAAGAAAUAGAAGAAUUACGCGCGGAGCUACAAGCGGCUCUGAGCGAGGAACGCGCGCGUGUGGCUGAGCUCAGCGCACAGCUGGAGGCGGAGCGCGCCGAGCGGGCCGCCGCCGACGAGAGACGACGACUAGCCGCGCUGCAGGCUGACCUGCAGUUACAGGAGCCGCCGUCGAUCCGCGGCGACGUAUCGCCGACGUCGGUGUCGUCGGAGUGCGUGUGGGAGGAGCCGCGCGUGUGGGCGGAGGAGGCGCGCGCAGGGGAGGCGCGGCGCGCGGGUGAGCGGCGCGGUGUGGCGGCGCAGCUGCGUGUAUUACAGGCGGAGCGAGCGGCGCUGCGGGACGAGUUGGCGGCUGCGCACGCUAAGUUGCAGGACCUACAGGCGGUGUCGGAGCAGCACGAGGCGCUGCUGGUGCUGUACGGCGAAGCGGAGGAGCGCCUGCAGGAGCUGCGGCUCGACCUGCACGACGUCACACAGCUCUACAAGCAGCAGCUCGACGAGCUCGUCAAGCUGAAACGCCAGGCCAACUGAGACUGCGAUAUCGCCCGUCUCUGUCUGACAAUGUCUACUACCUAACUCACCGGCACCCUAGACGAGCAAUUUUAUUGUCAAUAAUCACGCUUCAAUUUUAUUGCACAGUUUCUUUGACAAUAACAUUGAAGGCGUGCGAUGUUCAAUAUCAACCCUAGACUGUCAAUAAUAUUACGCAAUACGUAAUAUAGAUAAUAAAACUGCUCGCCUAGGCGGCCAGUAAUAAAAAUAUGCAGCUAAUAACUAUACCAAGGUCUGACAUAUUAAAAUAGUCAGGACAGACGGGCAUUAAAUGGUUUUUCGCUGCUUAAAUAUAGGGAAAAUUUCAAAUCGCUAAGUAAAAGGGGAACGUGCAGUGUUCUAUAGGUAUCUUUGAUGGAGUGAAAGCGGUGCGUAGGGGAACACUGGCAAUACGAAAUGUCGAGUAUCGAAAUAUCAAAAGAAACCGAGGGCAGUUUUUGAAGCCGCACGUUUUUUGUCUCAAUAAAUUACUCUUCUUUACACUUCGCCAUAGUUGGGUAAAAAAUAUGAAGACAAUUUCGAGUUGGCACCAUCUUUUACAAUUUUAAAUUAGAUAAGUUGUCAUUUAAACGUGAGUCGGGGGUAAAUUGAUUUAACUUUGUGUAGUGCCAUCAUUAAAAUCAUGUUAUAUUAUUUUGUAAAUGUGUGAAUUCAAAAUUGUAUUGU